UAUACUUUUGACAUCAAUUUGACAAAAGCUGUAUCCCAUCUAGGCAUGACCUUGUUUAACUGGCUAGCUAGCUAGUUGUCCUGAAUGUUUUAACCGUUUUAUAAUUUUAGCAGCCCGGUUUAACCAGAAUCUUUGGUCCCGGAAUAAAACAGUAGCGCCGAUGACCGACUGCGAGGGACUACAAGACGUUUCAUGUAGUUUUUACUCUUGAAGAAUAUGGAGGUAGUGGACAGUCCUCUAAACCUCGUAAGUUUCUGUUUACGUUGCAAUAUCUAGGAGGCCGACAGGCUGGCUAACUAACACCCCGAGAAAGCGAGCCAACGUUAGCCCUUGGUUUUAUUUCCAAACAAAGCUAGGGGGUGAUUGGCCUCUGGGUUUAUAUCACACUUAUCUCUGUGGCCUUCUAGAUAGUCCAACACAAAGUGCCAAGGUUUGUUAGCUAGCCAGAUAUGUUGUGGUUUUGGCUGUAUAUUAACGUAGCUAACUGGCUAACGUUAGUCAAUUUAGCUAGCUAAGAUUGUAGCCAGUCAACUAGCUAGGGAACGGUAAUGUUAAUUAAAGACAAGGAGCCAAAUAAGCUUCCAGCUGACAUGAGAGCUCACCUAGCUAAAGGCUUUAUUCUCGAGUAGGUCAAAACAUGUAUCUAGCUAGCUAGCUAACGUUAUAUCUAUAUAUAACAAACAGUAGGCAGCUAGCUAGCUAACUAAAGAAGUAAACAUAUUGCGAAAGAGGAACCAGACGAGAAAAGCUUAAGCCAAAGAUACUUCUCCUUUCAUCCGUCCUUUAACUUUUAUUAGCUAGUUAGCCAUCGUUAGACUCAUAGCUAAGAAUAUAAUAAUCAAUCCUUUAAAUGACAGCACUUUACCAACAUCAAGGUAUUUUGUUCCAUUCUGACACGAAGUAAACAUUUUCUUGCACAUUAUAUGUAUACCUAUUUUCCAAUUGUGCAGACAUUAAAUUAGGACUGAUGGGACUUCUAAGACAGGAGACCCCUUCUGAUAAGGUUUAGAGAGCCUCUCUUGCCAGCACUUCUCUGGUGUAGAAGUACUUUACAGUCUGAUCUGGCAGGGCAGGAUUUGUGCAUUUGUAGGUAAGAUAAGGCAAAUAUGUUGUUAUGAGAUCUCUCUCCCCUCCACUCCCCAUCUCCUCUCAGGCCCAUCAGCAGUCCAGGAAGGCAGACCGUUUGUUGGCAGCUGGUAAAUAUGAAGAAGCUAUUUCCUGCCAUGGGAAAGCUACAGGUGUGUCUUCAGUCUACUGAACUUGUUUUAUUUCACCAUUCUGUGAAUAAUAAUACAUAUUAGAGAUUGACACAUUCUGAAUUUGGAUUGUCUUUCCAUGAUGUAAUUGGACAUUCUGAGUUACAUUUUGAGACUAUUAAUGACUGUCAGACUGAAACAACUGACAUACAACCCACUUCCUCAAGAUGUCAGACCGGUAACAGAUUAUGAUCCGGGAUUAAACCCAUUUGCGCCAUCGUCACCAGGAGAAUAAUAACACAACUAUUUCCUGCUCUGUAUACUGUAGCGAUCUGUAGCGUUCUGGAGCAUUCUGUAGCGAUCUGUAGCGUUCUGUAGCGAUCUGGAGCAUUCUGUAGCGAUCUGGAGCAUUCUGUAGCGAUCUGGAGCAUUCUGUAGCGAUCUGGAGCAUUCUGUAGCGAUCUGGAGCAUUCUGUAGCGAUCUGGAGCAUUCUGUAGUGUGGAGUAGUGUUCUGUAGUGUGGAGUAUUUAGUAGUGUUCUGUAGUGUGGAGUAGUGUUCUGUAGUGUGGAGUAUUUAGUAGUGUUCUGUAGUGUGGAGUAGUGUUCUGUAGUGUGGAGUAGAGUUCUGUAGUGUGGAGUAGAGUUCUGUAGUGUGGAGUGUUUAUUAGUGUUCUGUAGUGUUUAGGAGUGUUCUGGAGUGUUCUGUAGUGUUCUGGAGUGUUUAGUAGCGUUCUGUAGUGGGAGUGUUUAGUAGUCUGGAGUAUUUAGUGGUGUGGAGUGUUCUGGAGUGUUUUCUGUAGUGUGGAGUGUUUAGUAGUAUUCUGUAGCGUUCUGUAGUAGUGUGUAGCGUUCUGUAGUAGUGUGGAGCGUUCUGUAGUGUUUAGUAGCGUUCUGUAGUAGUGUGGAGCGUUCUGUAGUAGUGUGGAGCGUUCUGUAGUAGUGUGGAGCGUUCUGUAGUAGUGUGGAGCGUUCUGUAGUAGUGUGGAGCGUUCUGUAGUAGUGUGGAGCGUUCUGUAGUGUUUAGUAGCGUUCUGUAGUGUUUAGUAGCGUUCUGUAGUAGUGUGGAGCGUUCUGUAGUAGUGUGGAGCGUUCUGUAGUAGUGUGGAGCGUUCUGUAGUGUUUAGUAGCGUUCUGUAGUAGUGUGGAGCGUUCUGUAGUAGUGUGGAGCGUUCUGUAGUAGUGUGGAGCGUUCUGUAGUGUUUAGUAGCGUUCUGUAGUAGUGUGGAGCGUUCUGUAGUAGUGUGGAGCGUUCUGUAGUAGUGUGGAGCGUUCUGUAGUAGUGUGGAGCGUUCUGUAGUAGUGUGGAGCGUUCUGUAGUGUUUAGUAGCGUUCUGUAGUGUUUAGUAGCGUUCUGAAGUGUUCUGUAGUAGUUUUCUGGAGCGUUCUGUAGUAGUGUUCUGGAGCGUUCUGGAGUGGGGAGCGUUCUGGAGCGUUGGGGAGCGUUCUGGAGCGUUCUGUAUAGUUUAGGAGCGUUUAGUAGCGUUCUGGAGGGUUUAGUAGCGUCCUGGUGGGUUUAGGAGCGUCCUGGUGGGUUUAGGAGCGUCCUGGAGGGUUUAGGAGCGUCCUGGUGGGUUUAGGAGCGUCCUGGUGGGUUUAGGAGCGUCCUGGUGGGUUUAGGAGCGUCCUGGUGGGGUUUAGGAGCGUCCUGGUGGGGUUUAGGAGCGUCCUGGUGGGUUUAGGAGCGUCCUGGUGGGGUUUAGGAGCGUCCUGGAGGGGUUUAGGAGCGUCCUGGAGGGGUUUAGGAGCAUCCUGGAGGGGCUUAGGAGCGUCCUGGAGGGGUUUAGGAGCGUCCUGGUGGGGUUUAGGAGCGUCCUGGAGGGGUUUAGGAGCGUCCUGGUGGGUUUAGUAGCGUUCUGGAGGGUUUAGGAGCGUCCUGGAGGGUUUAGGAGCGUCCUGGAGGGUUUAGGAGCGUCCUGGUGGGUUUAGGAGCGUCCUGGUGGGUUUAGGAGCAUCCUGGUGGGUUUAGGAGCAUUCUGUAGUGUUGUGGAGUAUUCAGGGUUCUCACCAUGUGUGCCAGUUCCAUCUCCAGGGACAUCAGGGCAAAAAUAAACAUGUCCAUUGUGUUACAAAAGUUAUACCAGCUAACAACCCCAAUGUCUGACAGACUAUAUACAGGGCCGGCGUCUGACAGACUAUAUACAGGGCCGGCGUCUGACAGACUAUAUACAGGGCCGGCGUCUGACAGACUAUAUACAGGGCCAGACUAUAUACAGGGCCAGACUAUAUACAGGGCCAGACUAUAUACAGGGCCGGCGUCUGACAGACUAUAUACAGGGCCGGCGUCUGACAGACUAUAUACAGGGCCAGACUAUAUACAGGGCCAGACUAUAUACAGGGCCAGACUAUAUACAGGGCCAGACUAUAUACAGGGCCGGCGUCUGACAGACUAUAUACAGGGCCGGCGUCUGACAGACUAUAUACAGGGCCGGCGUCUGACAGACUAUAUACAGGGCCGGCGUCUGACAGACUAUAUACAGGGCCGGCGUCUGACAGACUAUAUACAGGGCCAGACUAUAUACAGGGCCGGCGUCUGACAGACUAUAUACAGGGCCGGCGUCUGACAGACUAUAUACAGGGCCAGACUAUAUACAGGGCCGGCGUCUGACAGACUAUAUACAGGGCCGGCGUCUGACAGACUAUAUACAGGGCCGGCGUCUGACAGACUAUAUACAGGGCCGGCGUCUGACAGACUAUAUAUAGGGCCGGCGUCUGACAGACUAUAUACAGGGCCGGCGUCUGACAGACUAUAUACAGGGCCAGACUAUAUAUAGGGCCGGCGUCUGACAGACUAUAUACAGGGCCGGCGUCUGACAGACUAUAUACAGGGCCAGACUAUAUACAGGGCCGGCGUCUGACAGACUAUAUACAGGGCCGGCAUCUGACAGACUAUAUACAGGGCCGGCGUCUGACAGACUAUAUACAGGGCCGGCGUCUGACAGACUAUAUACAGGGCCAGACUAUAUACAGGGCAGGCGUCUGACAGACUAUAUACAGGGCCGGCGUCUGACAGACUAUAUACAGGGCCAGACUAUAUACAGGGCCGGCGUCUGACAGACUAUAUAUAGGGCCGGUGUCUGACAGACUAUACACAGGGCCAGACUAUAUACAGGGCCGGCGUCUGACAGACUAUAUACAGGGCCAGACUAUAUACAGGGCCGGCGUCUGACAGACUAUAUACAGGGCUGGCGUCUGACAGACUAUAUACAGGGCCGGCGUCUGACAGACUAUAUACAGGGCCGGCAUCUGACAGACUACAUACAGGGCCGGCGUCUGACAGACUAUAUACAGGGCCGGCGUCUGACAGACUAUAUACAGGGCCAGACUAUAUACAGGGCAGGCGUCUGACAGACUAUAUACAGGGCCGGCAUCUGACAGACUAUAUACAGGGCCAGACUAUAUACAGGGCCGGCAUCUGACAGACUAUAUACAGGGCCGGCGUCUGACAGACUAUAUAUAGGGCCGGCAUCUGACAGACUAUAUAUAGGGCCGGCGUCUGACAGACUAUAUACAGGGCCGGCAUCUGACAGACUAUAUACAGGGCCAGACUAUAUACAGGGCCGGCAUCUGACAGACUAUAUACAGGGCCGGCGUCUGACAGACUAUAUAUAGGGCCGGCGUCUGACAGACUAUAUACAGGGCCGGCGUCUGACAGACUAUAUACAGGGCCAGACUAUAUACAGGGCCAGACUAUAUACAGGGCCGGCGUCUGACAGACUAUAUACAGGGCCGGCAUCUGACAGACUAUAUACAGGGCCGGCGUCUGACAGACUAUAUACAGGGCCGGCGUCUGACAGACUAUAUACAGGGCCGGCGUCUGACAGACUAUAUACAGGGCCGGCGUCUGACAGACUAUAUAUAUAGGGCCGGCAUCUGACAGACUAUAUAUAGGGCCAGACUAUAUAUAGGGCCGGCGUCUGACAGACUAUAUACAGGGCCGGCAUCUGACAGACUAUAUACAGGGCCGGCGUCUGACAGACUAUAUAUAGGGCCGGCGUCUGACAGACUAUAUACAGGGCCGGCGUCUGACAGACUAUAUACAGGGCCGGCGUCUGACAGACUAUAUAUAGGGCCGGCAUCUGACAGACUAUAUAUAGGGCCAGACUAUAUAUAGGGCCGGCGUCUGACAGACUAUAUACAGGGCCGGCAUCUGACAGACUAUAUACAGGGCCAGACUAUAUACAGGGCCGGCAUCUGACAGACUAUAUACAGGGCCGGCGUCUGACAGACUAUAUAUAGGGCCGGCGUCUGACAGACUAUAUACAGGGCCGGCGUCUGACAGACUAUAUACAGGGCCAGACUAUAUACAGGGCCAGACUAUAUACAGGGCCAGACUAUAUACAGGGCCGGCGUCUGACAGACUAUAUACAGGGCCGGCGUCUGACAGACUAUAUACAGGGCCGGCGUCUGACAGACUAUAUACAGGGCCGGCGUCUGACAGACUAUAUACAGGGCCGGCGUCUGACAGACUAUAUACAGGGCCAGACUAUAUACAGGGCCAGACUAUAUACAGGGCCAGACUAUAUAUAGGGCCGGCGUCUGACAGACUAUAUACAGGGCCGGCGUCUGACAGACUAUAUACAGGGCCAGACUAUAUAUAGGGCCGGCGUCUGACAGACUAUAUACAGGGCCGGCGUCUGACAGACUAUAUACAGGGCCAGACUAUAUACAGGGCCAGACUAUAUACAGGGCCAGACUAUAUACAGGGCCGGCGUCUGACAGACUAUAUACAGGGCCGGCGUCUGACAGACUAUAUACAGGGCCGGCGUCUGACAGACUAUAUACAGGGCCGGCGUCUGACAGACUAUAUACAGGGCCGGCGUCUGACAGACUAUAUACAGGGCCGGCGUCUGACAGACUAUAUACAGGGCCGGCGUCUGACAGACUAUAUAUAUAGGGCCGGCAUCUGACAGACUAUAUAUAGGGCCAGACUAUAUAUAGGGCCGGCGUCUGACAGACUAUAUACAGGGCCGGCAUCUGACAGACUGACAGACUAUAUACAGGGCCAGACUAUAUACAGGGCCGGCAUCUGACAGACUAUAUAUAGGGCCAGACUAUAUAUAGGGCCGGCGUCUGACAGACUAUAUACAGGGCCGGCAUCUGACAGACUGACAGACUAUAUACAGGGCCGGCAUCUGACAGACUAUAUACAGGGCCGGCAUCUGACAGACUAUAUACAGGGCCGGCGUCUGACAGACUAUAUAUAGGGCCGGCAUCUGACAGACUAUAUACAGGGCCGGCGUCUGACAGACUAUAUACAGGGCCGGCAUCUGACAGACUAUAUACAGGGCCAGACUAUAUACAGGGCCAGACUAUAUAUAGGGCCGGCGUCUGACAGACUAUAUACAGGGCCGGCAUCUGACAGACUAUAUACAGGGCCGGCAUCUGACAGACUAUAUACAGGGCCGGCAUCUGACAGACUAUAUACAGGGCCGGCAUCUGACAGACUAUAUACAGGGCCGGCAUCUGACAGACUAUAUACAGGGCCGGCGUCUGACAGACUAUAUACAGGGCCGGCGUCUGACAGACUAUAUACAGGGCCGGCGUCUGACAGACUAUAUACAGGGCCGGCGUCUGACAGACUAUAUACAGGGCCAGACUAUAUACAGGGCCAGACUAUAUACAGGGCCAGACUAUAUACAGGGCCAGACUAUAUACAGGGCCAGACUAUAUACAGGGCCGGCAUCUGACAGACUAUAUACAGGGCCGGCAUCUGACAGACUAUAUACAGGGCCGGCGUCUGACAGACUAUAUACAGGGCCGGCGUCUGACAGACUAUAUACAGGGCCAGACUAUAUACAGGGCCGGCGUCUGACAGACUAUAUACAGGGCCGGCGUCUGACAGACUAUAUAUAGGGCCGGCGUCUGACAGACUAUAUACAGGGCCGGCGUCUGACAGACUAUAUACAGGGCCAGACUAUAUAUAGGGCCGGCGUCUGACAGACUAUAUACAGGGCCGGACUAUAUACAGGGCCGGCGUCUGACAGACUAUAUACAGGGCCGGCGUCUGACAGACUAUAUACAGGGCCGGCGUCUGACAGACUAUAUACAGGGCCGGCGUCUGACAGACUAUAUACAGGGCCAGACUAUAUACAGGGCCAGACUAUAUACAGGGCCAGACUAUAUACAGGGCCAGACUAUAUACAGGGCCAGCGUCUGACAGACUAUAUACAGUUGAAGUCGGAAGUUUACAUACACCUUAGCCAAAUACAUUUAAACUCAGUUUUUCACAAUUCCUGACAUUUAAUCCUAGGAAAAAUUUGCUGUUUUAGGUCAGUUAGGAUCACCACUUUAUUUUAAGAAUGUGAAAUAUCAGAAUAAUAGUAGAGAGAAUUAUUUAUUUAAGCUUUUAUUUCUUUCAUCACAUUUCCAGUGGGUCAGAAGUUUACAUACACUCAAUUAGUAUUUGGUAGCAUUGCCUUUAAAUUGGGUCAAACGUUUCGGGUAGCCUUCCACAAGCUUCCCACAAUAAGUUGGGUGAAUUUUGGCCCAUUCCUCCUGACAGAGCUGGUGUAACUGAGUCAGGUUUGUAGGCCUCCUUGCUCACACACGCUUUUUCAAUUCUGCCCACAAAGUUUCUAUAGGAUUGAGGUCAGGGCUUUGUGAUGGCCACUCCAAUACCUUGACUUUGUUGUCCUUAAGCCAUUUUGCCACAACUUUGGAAGUAUGCUUGGUGUCAUUGUCCAUUUGGAAGACCCAUUUGCGACCAAGCUUUAACUUCCUGACUGAUGUCUUGAUGUUGCUUCAAUAUAUCCACAUAAUUUUCCUUCCUCAUGAUGUCAUCUAUUUUGUGAAGUGCACCAGUUCCUCCUGCAGCAAAGCACCCCCACAGCAUGAUGCUGCCACCCCCGUGCUUCACGGUUGGGAUGGUGUUCUUCGGCUUGCAAUAUACCUCCUUUUUCAUCAGACCAGAGGACAUUUCUCCAAAAAGUACGAUCUUUGUCCCCAUGUGCAGUUGCAAACCGUAGUCUGGCUUUUUUUAUGGCGGUUUUGGAGCAGUGGCUUCUUCCUUGCUGAGCGGCCUUUCAGGUUAUGUCGAUAUAGGACUUGUUUUACUGUGGAUAUAGAUACUUUUGUACCUGUUUCCUCCAGCAUCUGCACAAAGUCCUUUGCUGUUGUUCUGGGAUUGAUUUGCACUUUUCGCACCAAAGUACGUUCAUCUCUAGGAGACAGAACGCGUCUCCUUCCUGAGCGGUAUGACGGCUGCGUGGUCCCAUGGUGUUUAUACUUGCGUACUAUUGUUUGUACAGAUGAACGUGGUACCUUCAGGUGUUUGGAAAUUGCUCCCAAGGAUGAACCAGACUUGUGGAGGUCUACAAGUUUGAAGGUAGGCCUUGAAAUACAUCCACAGGUACACCUCCAAUUGACUCCAAUGAUGUCAAUUAGCCUAUCAGAAGCUUCUAAAGCCAUGACAUAAUUUCCUGGAAUUUUCCAAGCUGUUUAAAGGAACAGUCAACCUAUUAUAUGUAAACUUCUGACCCACUGGAAUUGUGAUAAAGUGAAAUAAUCUGUCUGUAAACAAUUGUUGGAAAAAUUACUUGUCAUGCACGAAGUAGAUGUCCUAACCGACUUGCCAAAACUAUAGUUUGUUAACAAGGAAUUUGUGGAGUGGUUGAAAAUCGAGUUUUAAUGACUCCAAUCUAAGUGCAUGUAAACUUCCGACUUCAACUGUAUCCACACACACUACCGUUCAAAAGUUUGGGGUCACUUAUAAAUGUCCUUGUUUUCCAUGAAAACAUACAUGAAAUGAGUUUGAAUAGUAAAUAUAGCAAAAUGCAUAGGAAAUGUCAUUGACAAGGUUAGAAAUAAUGAUUUUUAAUUGAAAUAAUAAUUGUCCUUCAAACUUUGCUUUCAUCAAAGAAUCCUCCAUUUGCAGCAAUUACAGCCUUGCAGACCUUUGGCAUUCUAGUUGUCAAUUUGUUGAGGUAAUCUGAAGAGAUUUCACCCCAUGCUUCCUGAAGCACCUCACACAAGUUGGAUUGAUGGGCACUUCUUACGUACCAUACGGUCAAGCUGCUCCCACAACAGCUCAAUUGGGUUGAGAUCCGGUGACUGUGCUGGCCACUCCAUUAUAGAUAGAAUACCAGCUGACUGCUUCUUCUCCAAAUAGUUCUUGCAUAGUUUGGAGCUGUGCUUUGGGUCAUUGUCCUGUUGUAGGAGGAAAUUGGCUCCAAUCAAGCGCCGUCCACAGGGUAUGGCAUGGCGUUGCAAAAUGGAGUGAUAGCCUUCCUUCUUCAAGAUCCCUUUUACCCUAUACAAAUCUUCCACUUUACCACCACCAAAGCACCCCCAGAUCAUCACAUUGCCUCCACCAUGCUUGACAGAUGGCAUCACGCACUCCUCCAGCAUCUUUUCAUUUGGUUUGCAUCUCACAAAUGUUCUUCUUUGUGAUUCAAACACCUCAAACUUCGAUUCGUCUGUCGAUAACACUUUUUUCCAAUCUUCCUCUGUCCAGUGUCUGUACGAGAUCUUCAGUUUCUUGGCAAUUUCUCGCAUGGAAUAGCCUUCAUUUCUAAGAACAAGAAUAGCCUGAUGAAUUUCAGAAGAAAGCUAUUUGUUUCUGGCCAUUUUGAUCCUGUAAUUGAACCCACAAUUGCUGAUGCUCCAGAUACUCAACUAGUCUCAAAAAGGCCAGUUUUAUUGCUUCUUUAAUCAGCACAAUCGUUUUCAGCUGUGCUAACAUAAUUGCAAACGGGUUUUCUAAUGAUCAAUUAGCCUUUUUAAAAUGAUAAACUUGGAUUAGCAAACACAACGUGCCAUUGGAACACAGGACUGAUGGUUGCUGAUAAUGGGCCUCUGUACGCCUAUGUAGAUAUUCCAUUAAAAAUCAGCCGUUUCCAGCUACAAUAGCCAUUUACAACAUUAACAAUGUCUACACUGUAUUUCUGAUCAAUUUGAUGUUAUUUUAAUGGACAAAAUGUUUCUUUCGAAAACAAGGACAUUUCUAAGUGACCCCAAACUUUUGAACGAUUGACUGACUGACUGACUAAAAGCUACAUAGAGAUAAUGGAACAGAUACUGAGAACAUAAUGAGAAGGGUUGUGUGCUCUGUUUGCAACACAAAUAAACAAGAAGCUAAAAGUAGAAGCUAGCUGGGUGACUUCAAUGUCAUUCUGGACAGAAAUGGACUGUAUGCUGUUAUAAAACAUUCAUACUAUAUAAUGCUCCAGAUAGAGAUGUUUAAUGCUCCAGAUAGAGAUGUUUAAUGCUCCAGAUAGAUGUUUAAUGCCGGCCUAGUAAGUGAUUUGUGUGUGUGUGUUGCAGAGCUGCUGAGGGAAGCCAUGACGCUGACCGAGUGUGAACAGGUGAGUCUGGGCUCAGUAGGGGGUUGUGAAUGUCACUCUUGGACCUCAGCCAUGACCUCCUGGGCUGCUGUUGAUCAAUAUUUACCAAAUAAUAUUCUACAACAAUAUUAACACCCUAGAAUACCAUUAAUUACUUACAGGAUGUAGAUUUUGUGCAGACAAAUCAAAACAUUAUUUGGUCAACUUAGUUCUGUCUUUUAUUUGAAUAAAGCAUACCGGUAAAGCAUACCGCUACUAGAGCAUUAUCCUAGCUAAAUGCCAGAGGUUUGGUGUUGAGUCAUGUUGUUGUUUGUUGUUGUUGUUGUAGUAGUAGUAGUAGUCCCCUGUAGCUCAGUUGGUAGAUCAUGGAGCUUGCAACGCCAGGGUUGUGGGUUCGUUUCCCACGGGGGGCCAGUAUGAAAAUGUAUGCACUCACUAACUGUAAGUCGCUCUGGAUAAGAGCGUCUGCUAAAUGACUUAAAUGUCGUAGUAGUGAGGGGUUGAGUCGUGUCGUAGUAGUGAGGGGUUGAGUCGUGUUGUAGUAGUGAGGGGUUGAGUCGUGUUGUAGUAGUGAGGGGUUGAGUCGUGUUGUAGUAGUGAGGGGUUGAGUCGUGUUGUAGUAGUGAGGGGUUGAGUCGUGUUGUAGUAGUAGUGAGGGGUUGAGUCGUGUUGUAGUAGUAGUGAGGGGUUGAGUCGUGUUGUAGUAGUGAGGGGUUGAGUCGUGUUGUAGUAGUGAGGGGUUGAGUCGUGUUGUGCCUGAGGCCUGUCUGUCUCUGUCUCCUCCAGGCUGGUCUGUCCAUGGCGCUCCAGAGGGACAGCCACGUGAAGCAGCAGCGGCUGAUUGAGGAGAAAUGGAGGAGGACCAGACAGGAGGGCAAGCCCAGUGUCCUCCAGAGCCACCCCUCUACUGACCAGCCCCCUGGCCUCUUGACCAGCGAGCCCCCCCGCCACCCAGAGAGGGAGUACGACACCUGGCUGUACCUCCUGAAGAACAAGGGUGCCCCCCCUCCCCCCAAGCCCUGCCCCGGCAGCAAAACCCACAAGGAUGAUAAGACCCGUCUGGAGGAGCAGCAGACCACCAUCGCCAACCUGCGGCGCCUCCUGGACCGUCUGGCGGGAGAGAACGAGAAGCUGACCCAGGACAACCAGCGCCUGCGUGGGGAGAACAUCCGGCUGAAGAGGGACGCGGCGGACACAGACUUACUGGAGAAGUCAGAGCUGUGGGUUCUGCCUCAGUCAGAGGAGAGGAAGAACAAGGAGAUCCCCAUCCCUACCCUGCCCCCUCUGGAGAUGCCCAGCCAGGACAUCUCUCUGGAUGACCUGCCUGCUCUGGAGCUCCCCGAGGACAUCCAGCACCAACUGCAGGCGCUGCUGGACAGAGACAACAAGCUGUGAUGAGCCAUGCGGACAGACAGACAGACAGAGACCCCAGCCAGCCCAGCACUAACUAACUAAAGGGAGCCUCUCUACAGAGAGACUGUGUCCAGACUAGACUGGACUGGAGGAAAGCUGGCAAAUCUCAAUAAAAGUGUUUGAUUGGUUGGUGGCCUCAGGCACUAGAUAGCAACCACAAGUGGUCACAGUGACAAGUUGGUAAAGGUCAUUUCUCCUAGUCCUGUCAGUCUCCCCGGUGUCUCCCCGGUGUCUCCCCAGUGUCUCCUCAGUGGGUACUACAUCUAGUUCAUAAAAGAAAAACAAACUCUUUGCAGCAAUUGUGCCUUUUGAAAAUGUCUGAAAUGUUUGUGUUAGUUACCAUGUAGUUGAAGGUAAGUCAAAAGGGAGAGACUAUAAUCAGGGAUCUCCCUGCUUUGAUAACAGGUCUCUCUAUCUGGAGGCCCUGACUGGUCGACUGGGAUGACUGACUGACCCUCUGAU